AUGUCACGCCCUCUACGCAUACCUCACCCCGAGACGCCCUGGCGGCUGUAUCGACAUCUCCUUCGAGAGGCGUCAUAUCUGCCACCCAUCGCUCGACCGUUUGUCGACAGCCAGAUCAAGGCCCGGUUCCGGCAACACCAAGAAGAUUAUCCCGGGGCAGAGAACACCGAGGCCCGCAUCCGGCAGGCGCACCGUGAGCUCCGCAUUCUCCGGGCAGCCAAUGCGGGCGAUUUGACCCGCAUGCGCAGGGUUCUGCUCCGAGUCUUCGGACGUGUGGGACGCCGUCGCCGAGAGCUGAUGGCCGAUCUGCUGCACCGCGAUCUGCCGACAAAUACGGAGGAGUUGCAAAAGUACGCUGCUGAGGCAUCGGACAUCGCAUCGACAGGCCGGAAGAUAGAUUGGCUCGAUAGAUGGGACCUGAAGAAGCUGCGCACGUUUGCCAACUCCCAGAUACAAGCGGGCCUGGUCAACAACCCCAAGUCCGACCUCACUGCCGCCCAGAUCAACCCCAGCAAGAGCAUACCGACCGAAAACGCGUGGGGCCGGCCGCUUACUCCCAAGCUUGCGCGGACGAAGCUCAAGAAGCUGUGGAAGACUGCAGCGGACAAAUGCCUGCCGCCGCUGCCUGUGGAGGAAUGGGAGCGUCUCGGUGUGCUCGCCAAGGGAUUAGUUCACUCACUACCUCCUCCCCGGCGGCCUGUGGCGCGUAGCAUGUCGAACGAUGGGCAGGGUAACCGGGAAUGGGACUGGCGGUCAUACGCCACCAAGCCGGUUGCGGUUGUGGACCGGCCGGCCAACAGGCGGAACAAGCUCCUUACCGGGGCGGUGGACGACAAUACACCGACCGGAGACCCUCAGCCGAUCGUGUGUCACAAAUACACGCCCCGCACAUGGCAGCGCCUGCUGGCGAGCAUCUGGCGGCUGACGGCGACUAUGGAGAAGCGGCCGGACGGCCAGAGCUGGAAGAUCGAGUGGGGGAAACUGGACUUCCGGCCGGCUCCUGCUAGUGCGGGCGACUUGGAGUUUUUCAGAGAUUUCCCACUGCCCGAGAAGCAAGGGAAAAAGGGGAAACGGGGAACAUGA